CACAAGAUAGUGAUUUCAACAGGCUACAAUCUUAGAAUUAGCUUAAAAAGGAUUUGGCAAUUGACACACUAGUCUUAGCCAUCAAACCAUGUCAUUCAAACUAAUAGCAGCAAUCGUAGCCCAUUUUCUAGUUCACAUCUCAGCUGGUGCAGCAGCUUCUGACGACGUUGGGUUCAUCUAUCAAGGAUUUCAAUCAUCAAAUCUAAGCCUGGAUGGAUUAGCCAAAAUCACCAACAAUGGCCUCCUACAAGUAACAAAUACCACCAUAUCACAAACGGGGCAUGCCUUCUAUCCUAAUCGCAUCAAUUUCAAGAGCACGUCUAACGGUUCAGCUUUCUCCUUUUCCACCCAAUUUGUGUUUGCUAUGGUACCUGAACUCGCAGGCGUGACCGGUCCGGGAAUGGCUUUCGUGAUUGCACCAACAAGAGGCCUUCCAGGAGGGCGUUCCGUACAGUUCCUCGGCCUCUUCAAUAGUAGCACCAUUGGAAAUCAAACAAAUCACAUUUUUGCAGUGGAGCUUGACACUUUCCAAAACGAAGAAUUUGGAGAUAUCGAUGGCAACCAUGUUGGUAUUGAUAUUAACUCUUUGAGAUCUAAUGUAUCUCGGCCAGCAAGUUACCAAGCUAUUAAUAAGAUUUCAUUUGACAACUUAACUCUUUUCAGUGGCCAACUGAUGCAACUUUGGGUGGAAUACGAUGGGGCAGAUGGGAGAAUCAAUGUUACAUUAGCUCCAAUAGCAGAUGCUAAACCAAAAACUCCUCUUCUGUCUUUGUCAUGUGAUCUUUCAACAAUUUUACAGCAAACCAUGUAUGUUGGCUUUUCUGCAUCCACUGGUCCGAUUGGGACAUCUCUUUUUGUACUGGGAUGGAGCUUCAAGGUGAAUGGUGAUGCACAAGCACUUGAUCUCUCUCGGCUCCCUAAGCUACCUCGGUUUGGACCUAAGAAGGUGUCUAAACUUUUCACGGUGGGAUUGCCCCUAAUUUGCACACUUUUGUUGUUGACGGUAAUUUUCGGAUUAGCAUAUUAUUUACGCAGGAAAUGGAAGUUUGCAGAAGUGCUGGAAGAUUGGGAGCUUGCCUACGGACCUCACAGGUUCAAGUAUAAAGAUUUAUACAUUGCUACAAAGGGGUUUAGAGAAACAGAGCUGCUAGGGGAAGGUGGGUUUGGCAGGGUCUACAAAGGCGUUUUGCCAACUAACAAGGUUGAGGUUGCUGUCAAGAAGGUCUCUCAUCAAGCAAGACAGGGAAUGAGAGAAUUUGUAGCAGAAAUCGUCAGUAUUGGUCGCUUACGCCACAGAAAUUUAGUAUCGCUCUUGGGUUAUUGCCGGCGUAAAAGAGAGUUACUUUUGGUAUAUGAGUUCAUGCCCAACGGUAGUCUAGACAGGUUUCUAUACAGCCAACCCAAGUAUACACUCCACUGGAGCCAAAGAUUCCAUGUCAUCAGAGGUGUUGCAUCUGGAUUACUCUACCUACAUGAAGAAUGGGAGCAAGUAGUGAUCCACAGAGAUGUAAAAGCCAGUAAUGUACUUUUAGAUGGUGAACUGAAUGGACGAUUAGGAGAUUUCGGGCUGGCAAGGCUAUACGACCACGGAACUCUCCCUCAAACCACCCAUGUAGCUGGAUCUCUUGGCUACCUUGCCCCUGAGUAUAAUAGGGCAGGGAGGGCCACAACGAGCACUGAUGUGUAUGCGUUUGGGGCCUUUUUGCUAGAGGUUGCCUGUGGAAGAAGACCUAUAGAACCCCGAGCAGCACCAGCGGAGAACAUCAUUUUGGUUGAUUGGGUAUUUUCGUGCUGGAAAGCGGGCAAUAUUCUCCAGGCAGUUGAUCAUAAUUUGGGUAAUGAGUAUGUGAAAGAGGAAGCAGAAUUGGUGCUGAAACUCGGCUUGUUAUGCUCUCACUCAGAACCAGUGAUUAGGCCAAGUAUGAGGCAAGUUCUUCUGUACUUGGAGGGAUCAGUUACCUUGCCAGAUUUAUCAUCACUGGUCAUCGGUAUUUCUGGUAUUGGUCUUGACUUUGCCUAUGGUGGCUAUGAAGAUAUUAAAUCGUUAUCCUCGUCUUCCACAGGCAAAUAUUUCUCUCAUUCCGUGGCAGAAUCUCUUCUCUCUGGUGGUAGGUGAUUAACAAUAUCUUUCUGUGCGUUAAGUUUGAAAAGAAGCGCAAAAAAAAAAAAAAUAAAAAAUGAAGAAGAGCUUCUAUUCCUGUGAUUAUUUUCUUUAAGUCGCUUUGUUGAGUGUGAUUUUAUGUAAUAGUGCAUUCAAGCUUGCAAUGGUUGGUACUAAG